AUCUCACGAAUACGCAUAGUUUCCGCUAAGUCAGUGAAUACACCGAUUGACUUGGGGUACACUCGCUCUAUUUUCUCAUCAUGUCGACCAAUGGUGCACCUACAUAUCUCGGCGUCACACCGCCCAUCUCUGUGAACGAAUCCAACGAGAGGGAAAAACUAGUCACGGUUAGUCUGAUGGAAGAGCUGAGACGUCAGGGUACAUUCGAGAGUGAAGAGGAAUCCAAGACACGCGAAAUUGUACUGGGACGUCUGGCGUCGUUGAUCAAGAAAUUUGUCCACAAGAUUUCGCUGCAGCAUGGACUUUCCGAAGCUGCAGCGGAUGCCGCAGGUGGCAAGAUUUUCACCUUCGGUUCCUACAGGCUGGGCGUACAUGGACCCGGCACAGAUAUAGAUACGUUGUGUGUCGUGCCAAAGCAUGUAUCUCGAGAAGAUUUUUUCGAGGCAUUGGAGCCGAUGCUGAGAGAAACAGAGGGGGUGACCGAAGUUACUGGAGUUCCAGAGGCAUACGUACCCAUCGUCACAACCAAGAUUUCUGGCAUCCCAAUAGACUUGACAAUGGCGCGCCUAGCGCUGUCGUCAAUACCAGACGAUUUAACACUGCAGGAUGAUAAUCUCCUACGGAAUUUGGAUGAACGCUGCAUUAGAAGUUUGAACGGUUCAAGAGUCACCGACGAGAUUCUCCGACUGGUUCCCAACGUUGAAGUGUUCCGUGACGCACUUCGAUGUAUUAAAUUAUGGGCCCAGAAGAAGGCCAUCUACUCCAAUGUGAACGGCUUCUUGGGUGGUGUCGCAUGGGCUAUGCUGGUAGCUAGGAUAUGCCAGCUGUAUCCCAGCGCUGUUGCCGGUGCCAUUGUUAGCCGAUUCUUCAUCAUCAUGUACCAAUGGUCUUGGCCGCAACCAGUGCUCUUGAAGCAAAUUGAGGACGGGCCCUUGCCUGUUAGGGUAUGGAACCCCAGGCUAUAUCCUGCAGACAGGUCGCAUCGAAUGCCUAUCAUCACUCCUGCUUAUCCUUCGAUGUGCGCCACCCAUAACGUCUCGCAGUCGACCCAGAUGAUAAUGACCGAAGAGUUCAAGAAAGGUUCGGAAAUUGUCGAGAAGGUAAUCAUGGGCACAACUCAGUGGUCUGAACUCUUUGUCAAACACGACUUCUUCCACAAAUAUCGCUAUUACCUUCAAGUCAUUGCAUCGACAGGCGAUCCAGACCUGCACAUCAAAUGGGCUGGUACUGUCGAGUCACGAAUCCGCCAGCUUGUCAUGAAGCUUGAGUAUGUUGAUUCUUUGACAUUGGCUCACCCCUUCGUCAAAGGUUUUGAACAAGUCACACACUGCCUUACCGACGACGAGGUUCGCGACGCUGCACAGGGCGAAAUUUCCGACGCCAUAGCUAAGCGAAAAAAGGAAGACAUCGAGGGCAAGGAAGGUGCCAGCGUUGUUUACUCAACGACAUUUUACAUUGGUUUGGCGAUUGAGCCCAAACAAGCUGGGGCUGUUGGGCCCCGCCGGCUGGACAUUUCCUAUCCGACCACCGAGUUUACUAAACAAGUUAAGAUGUGGGAGAAGUACGACGAGUCGGCGAUGGGGAUUGUGGUACGACACAUCAAGAGCACGGCUCUCCCAGACCACGUCUUCGACGAGGGCGAGCGUCAGCCUCGUAGUGCGUUGAAGCGACCGAAGACAGCGAAGGGCUCUGGCAAGUCGAGCAACACAUCCCCUGAUGUACCCCACAAGAAGCGACGGUUGGUUACUUAGUCUUGCGCUUGCUUUCCUUACGACUGCUUUACGCUGUAUCUUCAGAUCGUCACAUUCAACAUCAACACCGGUUGCACCAGCACUGUCCCAAACCGCCUCUGUCCCUGUUUCCUCUCCCGCCAAGUCUCUUGCGAUUGGAUCCCAGCACGGAUUCGGUAACCCAUCUGGUGAAGGACAACAACAGCAGCCUGGCGUGUAUGCCUCAAGCAUCAAGGAUCCUACGCAGCUCAACCCACCAUUUGGCGAGAAUAUGGUCCCCACCAGUGUCAACGCGUCAUAGUGAUAUCUCAACCGGCAACGACCUCCCCCCUCUUCGCUGACGCAAGUGUACAUUCUUCCACAGAGUAAUAUGGCGUUUAGGUACCCUGCAGGACUCUUCGAGCGUCACGCUUCGCCCUUUCGAGGCCGGCCAUCUCUUGCUUAUCCUCCGCCCAUUACCUGACCGGACAUUUUGCUAGCGUGCCAUGUGUGCUUGAUAUCCCGGUGGUUUUUAUACCGAGCUCUAUCGUAGGUUUUCGCGUUUGUGCUUUAGCGACGUUUCCCCUAUGGUUGGACUUGGCUCUUCUCGGUUCAUACCAAUAUCGCCCUCCUUCGCUUUCUGUAUCCG